AUAUUAUACUAGGAGUGUAUUGUAUCACUAUCAAUUUUUUAGUGUUUAAUGAAAACUAUGUUUAUCCUUGUUGAAUCAGAGAGAGCAUCUUGAUCCGAGUGCGUAGAUACAGCACGCACAGAACGCGCUUUUUCUCCGGCUGAUUAUUAUUCCAAGUCACUUCAGUAGGGUUCCAACUUCCAACUUCCAACUCGAUCUCUCAACAUUCUCCUCAAUGGAUCGUCAAUGGCGUCCCAAUCCCAGACCAAUCCAAUACCAAAACAAUCUCUGCCCUAAUUGCUUUAUCCAACACUUCCCUUUUUGCCCUUCCCCCUCCCCUAAUUGGCCACCACCACCUAACCCUACCGUCCCUUACGACGCCGAUUUCGAUAGAACCUUCAAAAAACCUAGAAUCCAUGAUGACGAACGAAGAUUGAAGCUCAUUCGCGAUCACGGUUUCAAUCCACCUCCAUUUCAACAUCCUCAUCACGCUUACGUCGCACCCUCUCCGCCGCCACCACCACCACCACCACCACCGCAACAUCACUGUGACGCAUUUCCACCACCGCCGCCGCCACAUCUUCACAACGCUUCUACUCCGAGUUAUCAUCCUCAACAACACCACAGCGAGAUCAACGCCCCUUACCACGAUCACAAUUUCCACUUUCAAGCUCAACAAGCGAAUCAUCAUCAUAAUAAUAGUAAUCAUAACUUGAACGCAAGAGAAUUGCACAAUCCUUAUCCAUAUCCAUAUCAAAAUCAUCACCCUAAUGGCAAUAGCAACAGUUUUUCUGAGAAUACCGGUCAAAUGGAAGCUUCUAGAUUCUUCAGGAACAUGCCUCCUCUUCCUACUUCUCCGCCGCCACCUCUUCCAUUGGAUCCACCCAAUAAUCAGCUCAAAACAUACUUUUCUCCACCUAAGAAACCGCAUUCUCUUUUUCCUGUUACUUCUUCCGUUGCUCAUGAACCUCAUCCGUUUCCCCAACCUUAUUUUCACAGUAAUAAACCCCACCAUCCAGAAUUUUCCACUGGCUUUCCUAUAGAGGAACCCUCAAAACAGUACCUGGGAGAUGCUCAACCUUUUCCACUGAAUCGAUUGUCUGAUGAGAAGCCUAAGUUUGUUGAUGCUUCCCAGUUAUUCCGGAAGCCACUUCGAACUUCACGUCCUGACCAUUUUGUGAUCAUACUUCGUGGGUUACCAGGCAGUGGUAAGAGUUACUUGGCAAAGAUGUUGCGUGAUCUAGAAGUCGAAAAUGGUGGUGAUGCUCCACGAAUUCAUUCUAUGGAUGACUAUUUUAUGACUGAGGUUGAAAAGGUUGAUGAUAAUGAUGGAUCAAAAUCUUCAAGUUCAGGAAGAAACAAGAGGCCUGUAACAAAAAAGGUCAUGGAGUAUUGUUAUGAACCUGAAAUGGAGGAGGCUUAUCGGUCAAGCAUGUUGAAAGCAUUCAAGAAAACUGUUGACGAGGGAGCCUUUACCUUUAUUAUAGUGGAUGACCGCAAUCUGCGGGUAGCUGAUUUUGCUCAAUUUUGGGCAACUGCAAAGAGAUCGGGUUACGAAGUUUACAUUUUAGAAGCUACUUACAAGGAUCCAGUGGGUUGUGCUGCUAGGAAUGUCCAUGGAUUUACACAGCAAGACAUAGAGAAAAUGGCUGAGCAAUGGGAAGACUCUCCAUCCUUGUAUCUGCAGCUUGAUGUGAAGUCACUAUUUCAUGGAGAUGAUUUAAAAGAAAACAGAAUACAGGAGGUUGACAUGGAUAUGGAGGAUGAUCUUGAUGAUGCUUUACUUGCAGCGCAAGGCAGAGAAGCUGACAAAGCUGUUGACCCUUCUAUCAGGGAUGAAGGCUCCAUAAAGGAUGGGAAGAGAUGGGAUGCUGAAGAGGAACAUCCAACAGAAGUCAGAGAACUGGGUAAAAGCAAAUGGUCAGAAGAUUUUGGUGAAGAUGAACACUACCAAACUGAAGGUAUGAAGGGCAAUAAUAAUGCUCUGUCUGGGUUAAUUCAUCAAUAUGGCAAGGAAAGAAAAUCUGUACAUUGGGGUGAUCAGGUUGGCAAAACAGGAUUUUCAAUUGGGACUGCAAGGAAGGUAACCGCAUUGUCUUUAGUGAUUGGUCCUGGUGCUGGAUACAACCUGAAGUCAAAUCCUUUAUCUGAAGAGGAAAGUCCAACCCAAAACAUCGCAGAACCAAAGAAGCACAGCACAUUUCAGGAACGAAUCCGGGCUGAACGUGAAUCAUUCAAAGCUGUCUUUGAUGGGAGACGUCCACGGAUUUGACUUGUAGAGAACUGAAUCAGAAAUUUGGUUUACUGUGUCUGUGAGUCAUGUAUUAGACUAGUUAAGUAAAGAAAGUUGGUUGAGUUGUUUAGUUGGCUGGAAAUGAGUAACACAUGUCCCCAGCUGAGUUUUGUGAAAUCAUGUAAAAUUUUAUCAAAAGGUUUAAUGCAAAAUUUAUAUUCCUGAUUUCGAAGGCCAA